UCUUUUCAAGCAUUAUUUGUCUGCUAAUGCUUUUAAAGAUAAGAUUAAAAAAUUAGAAACAGAAAAUAUGAAAUUAGCAAAAGCAUUAGAAAACUCAAAUAAUAAGCUUAGAUCUUUUCAUAUAAAACUUUGGAAUAAGAAAGUUUCUACUAUAUCGCUUAAGCAAAAUCAGCCAAAAGCUUUGCAACUACCAUCCUAUUCAUAUAAUGUAAUGGCAGAUGAAAGUACAAGAGAAGAUAAGAAAGAUUUUUUG